AAAACCCCUCUCUCACUACAAACCAGCUCUCACUCCCAACUCAAUACAUCACAGUUUCUAUCUGACCCCUUCUUCCUCCUCCUCCUCCUCCACCUCCUCCCUUUUCUCACCUUAACCUCCCCUCAACUCAAUCACAGUCGCCAGAAAAUGGGCAAAGGUGGCUCCCUGAGCGAAGGCGUGAUCAAGAAGAUCCUCCUCUCCUACACCUACGUCGCCAUAUGGAUCUUCCUCAGCUUCACCGUCAUCGUCUACAACAAGUACAUCCUCGACAAGAAGAUGUACAACUGGCCCUUCCCCAUCUCCCUCACCAUGAUCCACAUGUCCUUCUGCGCCGCCCUCGCCUUCCUCCUCGUCCGCGUCUUCAAGCUCGUCGAACCCAUCACCAUGUCACGUGACGUCUACCUCUCCUCCGUCGUCCCCAUCGGCGCCCUCUACUCCCUCUCCCUCUGGCUCUCCAACUCGGCCUACAUCUACCUCUCCGUCUCCUUCAUUCAAAUGCUCAAGGCCCUCAUGCCCGUCGCCGUCUACUCCAUCGGCGUCUCCUUCAAAAAAGAAACCUUCAAAACCGACACCAUGGUCAACAUGCUCUCCAUCUCCUUCGGCGUCGCCAUCGCCGCCUACGGAGAAGCCCGCUUCGACACGUGGGGUGUGAUCCUCCAACUCGGAGCGGUUGUCUUCGAAGCCACUAGACUUGUCUUGAUCCAAAUCCUACUCACAUCCAAAGGCAUCACGUUGAAUCCCAUAACUUCCUUGUACUAUGUUGCUCCGUGUUGCUUGGCUUUCUUGUUGGUGCCGUGGAUCUACGUGGAGUACCCGACAUUGAGAGACACGUCGAGUUUUCAUCUCGAUUAUGUGAUCUUUGGAACUAAUUCGCUCUGUGCUUUCGCGUUAAAUCUUGCUGUGUUCUUGCUCGUGGGGAAGACCUCGGCUUUGACGAUGAAUGUGGCGGGUGUGGUGAAGGAUUGGCUCUUGAUUGCGUUCUCUUGGUCUGUGAUCAAGGACACUGUGACCCCGAUCAAUCUAGUGGGUUACGGCCUUGCGUUUUUAGGGGUUGCGUAUUACAAUCACUCGAAAUUGCAGGCAUUGAAGGCCAAGGAGGCGCAGAAGAAGGUGCCGAAUGCGGAUGAGGAGGCGAAUAAUAGGCUCUUGGAGGCUGAAAGUGAUGGACGGGAAGAGAAGUGAGUCCCGGGAUUGAGUUGCAUUGUUGUUCCGAAUUGAGUUAGGAACAGAAUUUGAGUAAUGAUAAUAAGAGCAUUGUUGGGUUAGAAGGUGGAAGAGCAUAAAAUGGGUUCGAAUUGGGGAGCAAAAGGAACUUGAUUACUUUCGCUUCUUGAGAUGAAGAAUUCGGGUUUUGGUAUGUUGUUCUAGAUUUCGGUUGUUUUCUUUUUUGUUAUGCUAGCUGCUGGCUGUUUUUUUUUUAGUACUCACAUUUUAGUAUUGUUGAGGAUUUGAGAUUCACAAGUCACAACUAUUGCUUAUAGUGCCAAUCAUGUGUUUUUAGUAGAGGAAGAAUCUCAGAUGCCUUGUUUUUUGGUUCCUUUUUUCAUAUAUGUUUGUGUAGGAACUCCUUAAUCCUUGUGAAGCUUUAAUACUUAUUUAUUCAUUUU